GCUGCUCCCUGGAUUUCUCCGACAGAAACCCAAACCCUAGCACCACCACCACCACCUUGGAGCUCCUAAAUUCUAUCCGUUCUCGAAUUGAAUCGUGCAUAGUGGAGAUGGGAAGCGCCGAUCUAGUCGAUGAUCGGACCUUCAAUGGUGAUUUCAGUGUGGAAGGAGUUGCCAAGUUGAAAGAGAUGGUCAUGGUUAAACUCAAGGAGUUUAUGGGCGAUUACACGGAUGACACUCUUGUGGAAUAUGUGAUAGUCUUGCUUAGAAAUGGGAGAAGAAAAGAGGAAGCAAAGAAUGAAUUGAAAAUAUUUCUUGGAGAUGAUAGCGACUCUUUUGUAGCCUGGUUGUGGGAUCAUCUGGCUGAAAGUGUAGAUGAAUACUUUAGUUCUCAUGUGGAAGGAACUACCAUAAAAAGCUCAUCGAUCAGCAGUCAGAAUGAGGAUAAAGCGCUUGUGCCUAUGGAUUCUGAAUCUGAAAGGGGACGAUCUGAUAAAUCAAAUGGUGCACGCCGCGGUAGACAAUGGAGAAGCCAGCCAACUAAUGUCUCUGAGAUUCCUCCUCUUCUGAGUUCUGAGGUUCACAAAAUUCAUAACUACGAGAAGAAAGAUCACAAACACCGACAUAAUAAAAGGUCUCCAUCUCCGCAGUCUCAAUCUCACAGGAAAAGGUCUAGAACUGACGACUCACGGAAUGAACAGAGGGAAGCUAAACCUGAUGUCUCUCGCCGGCUGCUUCAGUUUGCUGUGCGAGAUGCUCUAGCUAUAUCAAGGCCGGCAAAUAGUUUGACUGAAUCCUCAUUAAAACGUCUUCGUUCAGUAGUGUCCACAUCUACUCAAGACUCAUCUGACCCCGAUCCAGCUCGGAAAAUUCGAUCGGUUGCAAGAGUUGUGAACCCCAUGGCAACUGUUAUGAAAGCUGUCGCCGAAGCAGCUGAAGAUGCCAAGAAAUCAAGAUCUGGGAGAAGUGUCUUUGACAGAAUUAGUCAUUCUACUGGAUUUUCAGAGACCCUGGACCAGCAUAUGGUACAUGGUGAAGUUUCCCCCAAGAAUGAAGAAUGUAGGAAUUUUAGCGAAGACCAGGAAGCGGUACAGCUUCAAUACUCGCAGCGUCUUGACAACAAUGGAGUGUAUGUUGAGAAGAUGACAACUGAUGACACUGGCUUGCAGCCAGAUUUUUCGUCUGAUCGAGGCAGACUAGGUUCAAGUGUUAAUGUUUCUCAUCCAAGCACUUUUCUUGGGAACAGAAUUAACAAUCCAAAUAGUCUGCAGCAUCGUUUAGUCGAUGACUCCAAAAGAGUUAAAGGGACGAAUUAUCAAAAUCGCCUUACUGAAGUUGCAACCAAGCAUAAGACUGCAAGUUUCUCGGGGAAUGUAGAUACAGGGAAAACAGUAAGGUUAGAGGAGGAGAUGAAAGUACCAGAUGUGGGUCUGCAAAGAUAUAUGGACGAAGGCAGAUUAGUUUCUAGUGAAUCCAUCACUCAAUUAUCGACGCAGAAAAUCUUGAGUGAUACAAUAAGGAAUGGAAAUAUAAAACCUGCUGCCAAUGUGAAAGAAGAUUCCACGACCAAUAAAUCUAUUCCUGGGACAUUAUCCACUACCCGCCCUUUGGAAGAUGCGAGUUCUCGAACAAUCUUUGUCGCCAACGUUCAUUUUGGUGCCACCAAGGAUAGCCUUUCAAGGCAUUUUAACAAGUCUGGUGAAGUGCUUAAAGCUAUCAUAGUAACAGAUCCAGCAACAGGACAACCAAGUGGAUCCGCGUACAUUGAGUUCACGCGUAAAGAAGCUGCAGAGAAUGCAUUGUCUCUGGACGGUACCUCUUUCAUGUCUCGGAUUCUGAAGAUUGUGAAAGGAAGCAAUGGGCAACAGCAAGAGGCUGCAUCGAGCAUGACAUGGCCUCGAGGUGGAAGGUUCACAAGAGCUCCCUCAUACUUUAGAGGUGGUGCAGUCAGGGGUCGUUCUGGUGUUAGAGGUGGAGCCAGGAGUAUGCAAUGGAAGCGCGAUUCAGCUGACACUGGAAACAACAACAAUGUAGCUCCCAACAAUGCUCGUAGUCUCACGUACGUCCGAACAGAAUCAAAAUCAGACGGAAUUACCAACGAUUGAUAGAUAAGAAAGAGAAGCAAGAGCU